GUGUGUGUGUGUGCAGUCUUCUACACGUGGGACUCGCGGCUGAUGAAGGGUCUGAUGUCAGCGAUCACUGACUCUCCAGAGAUCAAACUGGCCCGAGAAAACACCAAGAACAUCAGUGACGUUCAGUACAGGGAGUCUGUCGGAUCCGGAACAGCCGUGACUGACACUCCUGAGAUGGAGCGCGUGCGCAGGAACCAGCACAACAUCAGUGACGCCAAAUAUAAGAAAGCAGUCGAUCCGGUCAGUGUGGGAGUGACACCAGAGCUGGAGCGGGUCAAACAGAACCAGCAGAACAUCAGCACGGUGCAGUACCAGCGCAGUUUGCAGGAGGUCAAAGGUCGCUCCUGCUCAGAGCUGGAUACGCCUGAAAUGAGGCGUGUGCGGAAAUCUCAGGACACUGUUUCCAUGGUAGCAGGACUGCGGCAACGCCUGCGUGUACAUCACCGCAUUAACACGUGACUGACACUCCACACGGUGA